AUGCCAGAUCGGGAAAAGAAUGCCAGGGGGCCGAGAUAUUUGCAGUACACACCACUCAACACCAGCAGGGCUAAAGUGUUGGAACAUGCCCUGGCCACCGAAGUUUUGGCCGUCCCAAGAAGAGCCAUGACCCCCCCGCAUGCCGACAAAACAAAAACAUGCCAGUUCCAUCGAAACAGGGGGCACACAACUGAAGAAUGCUCCGCCCUUCGGGAUCGAAUUGAAGAUCUUGUCAAGGCGGGACAUCUUCAGAAUUAUGUUCGAUCGACGGAUCAUCGAAGGAGCGACAAUCGUGAAGGAAGAAGAGAAUACCGAAGGGGGAAUCGAGAUCGAGCACCUCGGCGAAACCGAUCCAGGGAGCGGAGUAGGUCUCAAGACAGGAACCAAGGCGACCGAAAUCAACCCAGACGAGUCAUAAACACCAUUGCAGGAGGCUUUGCGGGGGGCAGAAGCUCGUCUUCGGCGCGAAAGAGGCACCUGAGGGCGAUCAAGUCGGUUAACACUAUAGACCGGGCAGCAGUCAUCCAUAUGCCCCCUAUCACAUUCACCGAACAAGAUUUCCAGGGUGUGGACCCAGUGCAAGAUGAUCCCAUGGUCAUCAGUGUGGAAAUCAACAAUUGCAUUGUAAGGAAAACUCUCGUUGAUCAGGGAAGCUCGGCUGAUAUCCUUUACUGGAAAACUUUUGAACAACUCGGGAUCCCAGAGUAG